UCUUUUCCUGUUCUCUCACUCUUCAGACGGAUGUCGCCACUGCCCCUCCAGUCCCAACGCCCUCACUCUUGGACGCACACUCCCAACAAGAAAGUCUUCAGGGUCAGCGGCAAUCCCCCAACUUGGGAACCUCUAAUAUGGCACAGUUAGGAUUCCCCAUCCUCCCCAUUCUCCUGGGUUUGGCCUGGCCUCAGUUGGGAGCUGCCCAAGUUGCAAACGGAACUUCAAGGGCAGCGAGUGGAUAUAUACAGUGACUUGAAAAAUCCAGGUUCCCGAAUUUCUUACAGAUAAUCUUCCUCUGCUUCCUUGACCUUCUAACAUUGAAUAAGAAAUUCUGAGAUUGAAGUCACUUUCAGAAGAUCCGCUCCACUCUUGUGUGCAAGCUUUCUACUGUGAAGUUCUACCUGAGGGCUUUCCCUCGAUCACAUCUUGCAACUUCAAUCAACAUGUUAGUCUAUUUUCAAAACUGCCCGUGUCUCCCACUACCCAUCCUUGCUACUCUUUUAAUAAGUGUGUCACCUAGGAUCACUUGGGCAAUGGAUGAGGCUUAUGCAUUGAACCAAUAAAUAAAUAAAAUUAGACAUAUUUAAGACAGUAUUACCAGGACUACCUGAAAUCACCAUCUGUUCCACCCCAUUGAAAGAGUUUGUUCAGGAAGUGUGAACUCACUAUUCUCCAAACAGAGACAUUAUUUCUGCCCAGAUAGGGGAGAUGAACGGCAUAAAAACGUAAUAAAAAAUAAUAAUAAAUAAAUUUCAAAAUAGACAAAUUCUGGAGUAGCAAUCCAGCCCACGUCUCUUAUCAAACUCACAGACCUAACUGAAUCUGAGUUGCCACCAUAACCAUAUAUCCAAAGGCGGCUUCCCUGGAAGAUUUGGGGAAUCUAUUACCCUGUUUCCCCAAAAAUAAGACCUCCCCGGAUAAUAAGCCCAAUCGGGCUUUUGGGCGCAUGCACUAAAAU